AUUAAAAAUUCAUUCUAUCCUAAAGCUAUUUGCGAAUCUUGCAAAAGCAGUAUAAGAAGAGGAAAAGAGCUUUACACGUAAAGUGGAAUAAAAUGAAAAUACCAGUUCAAACUAGAAGUGUUUUUGUAUGUAAAUGCAAAAUAUGUAUAAUUGGAUCUACUCAAGGGAGACCUAAAAAAUUCAAAAAGGGACGUAAAUGUAACGCGCAACCUCCAGUUAAUAGUCUAACUUGUCAAACUUGCUUUUCAAUUAUUAGCAAAGGAAUUACCCACAAAUGUUCUUUAGCUGUACUUAAAUGUAAUGUAAUGCAAAAGCUUGCAAAUAAUGUCAAGACAAUUGAGCAAAUAGCUAAUUCUUUAAUAAAAGACAAAAUAGACAAAAAGGGUAAAGCGAUACUUGCUAUUGGUGGUAAAAAAGUAAGUUUUACACUUAAGAGAAACCAUGAUACUAGUAAUAUACAACAACUGUCUAUAAAAAGUAUGAUUGACAUACAAUCAACUUUAGAAUUAAGUAACACAAAAAUUUUAAAGCUAGCAAAAGAACUACGAUUCAAAGCACAAAACAGAAAAAUUGUACAAUCAGGGUUAGCAGCAGAGCUCAAACGUAUUGACCAGCAACUUGAUGAUUGCUUUGUUGAGGAUUUUGAACUUUUUAAUAUUAAAUCUGUUGAGGAAAAAAGUUUGUUUAAACUGAUCCCAUUUAUCAGAACAACAGAUGUCAAUGAGUUUCUGUGGCAAGUAAUAGAUAAAAAAGGAGCCUAUCCUCAAAACCAGUAUAUAAAAACUUCCAUUGACGUAGGUCGGGGAUUUCUUAAGGUUUGCUUAAAUGUUGUAUCAAAUCCUAGUGAAACAAUUAAAAACAAAAGGAGAAAAUAUGGAGAAAUUAAAUCACCAAGUUUCAAGGAAGAAUCUGUGAAAGCAUCAUUUAUUAUAGCACUGGUACCAGAUGUACCAGAGACAAACCAUAAUGUUAAAAUUCUGCUUAACAAACUCUGUUUGGAUAAAAUAAACUUUACUUGUGUGGCAGAUAUCAAACUCUGUCAAGUCAUGUGUGGUAUGUCUCCAAGUUCCAUGGCAACUCAUCCGUGUUAUAUUUGUACAUGGAACAGAACAGAGGUUUUUAAAAAUGAUUGCACUGAGCUACGAACACUUGGGUCACUAAGAUUAAGCAGUAAAUUGUAUAAAUUGAGAGGAUCAAAGAAAAUUAGAGCAAAAGAAUAUUUUAACUGUAUUGAUGAAGUUCUUUUAAUUGGUGAUGAUAAUGAUCUAGUUGUUAAUCAUCUUUCUCCUUUAGAACUUCAUUUGAUGGAAGGGGCAACAAACCAUAUCUUUAAAACAAUAAACAAAUUAGCUGAUCCAGUACUAUUAAAAAAGAUCGAAAAUGACUUAAAUAUUUCUAAAUCAAUAAGAAAUGGGUCAUAUAAUGGUAAUGGUUGUCGAAAAAUAUUAAAAAAUUGGGUGAAGUACUAUAACUUGUUUCCAGUCCUAUUAAAACCAUUGGCUGAAGCGUUUAGGCUUCUGGAUAACCUUGUUCACUCUUGUUUUGGUGUAAAUUUAAGGCCAACAUUUGAAAAAGACAUCAGGUUAUUUAAGAAUCAUUAUUCAACCUUAGUGGAAGAUUAUGAAAUGACAGUUACUGUGAAGUUACACAUCAUAUUUCAACAUGUAGGUCCUUUUUGUAAAGAUAAGGAAAUUGGAUUGGAUUUUUUUAGUGAACAAGCAGGGGAAGCUCUUCACUACUCAUUUCUAAAGGAAGCAUGGGAACGUUUCAAAGUGUCUGAUAACCAUCAAAAGUAUGCAAAGUAUUUGAAAAAAGCAGUAGUUAGUUUCAAUGGAAAACAUUUAAAUAAUGUUUAAUAAAUAUUUUCUAAAAAUAAUGUUUUUUUUUUUCCCUUUUAAUUUUAAGAAGAAAAAAGUACUCGGCAUUGGCGCCCCUCAGACUGUUUUUAAGACCCAUCUGAGAGGGACAUAUAACGACUAGUCAUAUUUUCUGACAAAAUGUACAACAAUUGCAUGCACCCCUGUGGUGGGUCUUGAUUUCAGUUAGAGGGGCGCCUAAGUCCAGGACCCUAUAUGACCCCUGUAUAAACCCAAAUAUUUUUUAAAGUUUAGUUUUAUGAUUUUUUUCACUAACUUUCCUUUAAUGGUAUGGUUCUAACAAUUUCAAAAAGGUAUGACACAACCCUAUGUCAUUUCAUCAAACUAAAAUCUGGUUCAGCGUG